UCUGAUUCUGUACUGCGCAACAGCAAUGCUAUGCCAUCCAUCUUCCAUCUUGAGACUUACCCUCACUGAACCACACGAUCCCCUACUCGCUUGCUUCCUUUCACGAACUGCAUCGACCUUGUCAUGUCAACCGUACCUGAGACCAAGCUUGAAACAGCCACAGCGCCAAUGGAGCCAGCCAGCACUGCUCCUGCUCCAGAUACAGCACCAGUGACGUCGGAGAUCUCACCCGAGGCAACAGAGCAUGCACAACCCACGGUCUCUAGCACGUCCCCCGACACAGCUCCGGAUGCUCCGCCAAGGCCUAGGGAACUGGUUGUCGACGAGCGCUUAGCAGGUCUCCGCGCCAUGUUCCCUGAUUUUGAUGAUGCAGUCCUGAACUCUGUCCUCGAGUCUGUUAACGGUGAUUCGGAACGUGCAGUGACUGCGCUGCUGAGCAUGAGUGACCCCGACUACGUCCCGGAGCAGCAACCCGAGGCCCCGGCUCCUCUCCCUCCUCAGACUCAGGCUCAGACCCAAGAAGAUCUGGACGAACAGUUUGCGCGAGCGCUCAUGAUCGAGGAUGAGCGCCAGGCAGCAGCGACUUGGCAAGCGCGUCAAGGCCCAAGACCGACUCAGCCGCAAUCCUAUAAUGCAUACCCGACAGGUCAAGGGAAAGACUCCAUGCAGGAGAUCCAGGAGCAGCUCAACAAAUUCGCUGAGAGCGGAAAACGAACGAUUGGUACCUUGUUCUCCAAAGUCAAGGCUAAGAUCCAGGAGUUCGACCAGCCGGCCUCGGGUGCCAUUGCCUCUUCCUCUGCCCAACAACCGCAGCAGGACUACGGAUACAACUACGGAGUGCAUCAGCCAGGUCCAGCUGCUGGGAGACAUGCCCAACAAGCUUAUUUCCAACAGCAGCAGCAAACUCAAGCGGAGAUUCCUGCCUAUUACGAUCCUAACAGUGCUGCCACCACCAGCCCACCGGCAAGUGCCACUGCCAGAGGUUAUGACGCAGGCUCCCCUCCGGUCGCAAUUUCUUCGACUGUUACACCCACUCCGCCUACGACACAUUCGGGCACACCGCCUAUUGACGGAGGUAAACUCGGAAUGCUCCCCAAACGUCCGGUCUCGUUGUUACAAACCACCGUUCCACCUUCCAGUGGUGCACCACCUAGCAGCGACGACGAAUUGGAGUAUGCUGAGAAUCCUUUCGAAGACGGUCCGAAAAAGUGAUCUUUUUGCAUAUGGACCUGCCGUUUAUGUCGAACUAGGUGUAGUAUGUAUAAGCUCAGUGGUAGAUAAUCGAUUGCGGUAUUCAAGAUUUGCACCAUCACAGCCACCAAGCAUCUAUCCUAUCUCACUUUUGUACAAUCCACUCGAGGAAGCGCGUACCUGGUUUUCCCCGGCGCAGAGGCCUUCGCUUUAGUGCUGUGUCACUCACCCCAAGCUUCUCUCAUUCUGCCCGUCGCUAUGCCACAGUAUGACCCCGACCGCUACAUCAACCAACUGCACACAUGCACGCACCUCCCGGAGGCCGAUAUGAAACUGCUCUGCGAGCAUGUUCGGACACUGCUUAUGGAAGAGGGAAACAUCCAGCCCGUCUCAUCUCCUGUAACCAUCUGCGGCGAUAUACAUGGCCAAUUCUGGGACCUUUUGGAGCUGUUGAGGCGAGGUGGGCCUGUACCGGAGACCAGUUACAUCUUCAUGGGGGAUUUCGUGGAUCGUGGGCAUUAUAGCUUGGAGACGGUCUCCUUGUUGCUUGCCCUGAAGGCUCGCUACCCCGAUCGGGUCACCCUGCUACGAGGCAAUCACGAAAGCCGACAAAUAACACAGGUGUACGGGUUCUAUGACGAGUGUCAACAAAAAUACGGGAGCGCCGCGGUGUGGAAAGCGUGCUGCAAUGUGUUCGACUUCCUGAGCAUCGCUGCGAUCAUCGACGGGACAACCUUGUGCGUGCACGGCGGCCUAUCCCCCGACAUCCGGACGUUGGAUCAAAUCCGCGUGCUCGCACGCGCCCAAGAGAUUCCGCACGAAGGCGCCUUCUGCGAUUUGAUGUGGUCUGAUCCGGACGAGGCUGCUGGUGAUACUUGGGCCGUCUCACCACGAGGGGCGGGCUGGUUGUUCGGAGCCAAAGUGGCCAGGGAGUUCAACCAUGUCAAUGGCCUAUCGCUUAUUGCCCGGGCUCAUCAGCUGGUCAACGAGGGCUACAAGCACGUAUUUGACGAGGCCGUUGUGACAGUCUGGAGUGCACCCAACUAUUGCUACCGCUGUGGUAACAUGGCAGCUAUUCUGACCCUCAAAGAGUCCGGCGAAAGCGAAUUCACUGUCUUCGGUGCCGCGGAAGAGAACGAGCGUGACAAAGGAAUGCAAACGAGGAAGAUGAAUACGAUGCCAUAUUUUGUGUAGCCAUAGUCUGUAUAUCCGCACAUAUUGUAUUAUUGCAUUUUCGUCGUGGUCAUGGACUAGUGUUACUUCCUGGCGAUGACAAAGCUUCACACGCCCACAUUUGAUUUGAUCUGGACUCUGCGUUCG